AUGCUGCUAACGGCGGUGGGGGCGGCGAUAGCAGCCGCGGCGACGGCACGCUACCGCGCGCGGGUCUCGUACGACGGCGGCGCCUACGCUGGAAUGCAGUACCAGCCGACGAGGCCCACAGUGCAGGGUACGUUGCAGAGAGCGCUCGCGCGCCGCUGUCAGAUGCCAGCCGUGCGCGUGGUUGCUGCUGGCCGCACCGACGCCGGCGCGGUGCACUUUGAUCUCGACAGCGGCACGUACGAUCCGGCGGACCUCGAGCGCUCGCUCGGCGCGCUGCUGCCUCCGGACCUGGCGGUGAGUCACGUCGAGCGCGCGGGCGAGGUGGAUGGCGCGGGGAGGUCGUGGCACGCAAUCUUCUGGGCGACCGGCAAGCGCUACUCGUACCGGCUGUACGCCGGCCCUCCGGGCGGCAGGCGGUCGACGCCGUGCCUGUCCGCCAUCACUCCAGUCGCCGUCACCAGCUAA